GGGCAGUCAUCGCCUCUCGCCUCCGCUGCCGCACAGUCUCAAAUAUAUACCGCGACCACGCCCACACCAACCUCCCGCCUUCUUUUCUUCCAACCUUUUGGCUUUUGCCAAUAAACAAAUUCUCACCAAACACGCUCUUUAACAAGCUGGAAAUACGUCGGUGUCGACGUUGAAUUUGUAUUCAUUCAACGACACCUGUUUGAUUUCGCUGGUCACGCGUUGCCCAGCGUCUUCAGCCCAAACACCACAAGCCAGGUUCGCUCGCGACUUGGCUCACUAUUUCCUCCGCUGCAGAGGAAAUACAUUUGUCAAACAUCGGUCAUGUUUGCAGAAGCAGGAAUCUUUUCUAACCCCUACACUUCCGACCACAUACCGAGGUGACGGCCCGUCACCUCAUCCACACGCGCCUCUCCCCCGGCGCGACACGUCGACCUCGACCGAACAGACAUCGAGAUCAAAACCAGCACCACCGAUCAGACUCGCGACGGAGGCGCUGUCGACCUCCCCGCGAGCACUUACGUCACUGCCCGCCACCCACGAGCAGUCCCCGAAGUGGUUUUAAAAACCAGCAAGACGGCCGGAUGUCGACACGACACCGCAGGAUCAAUCAAAAACAAUGAGCUACCCAUCACCACGAACGCCAGGAUCGACUCCGAUCCACGAGUGGGAGUAUUCGCGAAUGUCUUCAGCCACUCCCACCCCCUCGCCACGGCCCAACUGGUUCGAAUCGGCCACGCCCCGGCGACCAGCGACGCGCGCUGCGCACACCCGCUCAAGCAGCUACUCGCAGCAUGGCAACUUCACGCCACGGACGCACAUGGAGUCCCCGCGAUACAACAGCUAUGGGGACUACUGUACGGUAGAUGUGAGUGCCAAACAUUUUUCGUCAUCGCGCCGGCCUCCUGGCCCUUUCCAAAAUAGCCCAGGGCGCGAUCGCCGGCACUCGUAUACCUAUGUCCGGGCCUCUACACCCUAUGGAGAAUCCGACGAGGACGAGAUCAUCGAGGCAAUGGGGCGCACCUAUGUGUUGCCUGCCCAGUCACGGUCCAAGAGUCGCCAUUACAAGCACCACAAUAUCUAUGACCAUGAUGGGGUAUGGUACACUAAUUACGACGACUACCUGCAGAACGGCGCCUACUACGCUGAUCCUGCCUAUGCCCGGGCCGCUCACUAUGAAUCGCCCAGGCCACAGCCUCAAGCCAGGCCUCCGACAAGCCAUUCGCAUGCUCGUCGGUCUUCAGCAUCGGUGCCUCAGCGGCCCGCCACCACUCGGCCGUCCAACACGCCUCGGGCCAAACCGCCGGCCGCACCAAAGGCCACGGAUGCUGACGCUCGUCGACACAAGAUACCCGCCGGGUACUCGCUGAAGAACUGGGAUCCCACCGAGGAGCCCAUCUUGCUUCUGGGCAGCGUUUUCGACGCCAACAGUCUUGGCAAGUGGAUUUAUGACUGGACCGUGUACCACGCAGGGGCAUCCACACCCAUUGCCGACAUGGCUGGCGACCUUUGGCUUUUGCUCAUCGAACUCUCGGUCCAUAUCAAGGAUGCCGAUGAGAAGGCUCGCCUCGUUCGCAGUGCCGAGAAUCGGGAAAUCAUCCGUGAGUUCAUUGAGGCCGGCGACCGCCUCAUGGAAAAGCUGAAGUCCCUUCUCAAGGCUUGCGAAGCUCCCAUGUUGAAGGCUGCUCGCAAGAAGCAGUCUAGUCUGGGUAAGAACUCGGGUGUCGAGUUUGUCGAGACGCUGUUUGGCCGUGAGCGUGAACUGGCGAAGACGGAGAAGUUUAUGCAAAGCGUUCGCCUUUUCAAUCUACGCUUUGAAGCAAAUGCUACCGAGAUCCUCGCCCACCCGACUGCCUAAAGGAACGCGCCGAGGAGAUGCUAGCCGAAGAACCGGACUUGGUUUCUCUUUACUGUCUCUCUCCUUGCGUUUUUUCCCUCUUGCCUCCGCUGCCGGCCUCGAACCUGGAACCAGGUCGGAAACUUUGAGUCCGGACGGACAGGCCAGAGGGUUGUAUAUUACCACGAUAGAGCCGAGGACUGGCGCCGGAUAUACCCAGAACCCAGCGGAUUUUCUUUGAGUUCUCGAUCGGAUUCUCGGACACGUCCUUUUAGCCAAGGAGCCUGGCUUUCUUGUGUGUCCUCAAACUACGAGACGGCCAACGGGCAACCUGUACUACCAGCCAUGCACACGCGGAAGGGAACUUGGACAACGGAGGGCAUUUGACCAUUUAUUGAUACCCAACGCUUUAUGCGAGCGUUAAAGCGAGCGAAAGAAGGCUGAGGCGGAUGGUGUGUCAAGUGCCAGCUAUUUUUAUUUCCUUUGUUACGGAAAAAAGUUUAACACACGGUUGAGACGGGUCGAUGCAUUCAGUUAUGCACCAUGAUCGGCCUGAAGUGCGUCGAACCAGCUUGGACGCGAUUAGAUUUGGAUUUUUUUUGCCUGGCCUGUGAAGGCAUCAGGUUUGGAGUUGAUAUUUGGACGGCGCGUCAGGGACCGCGUUUGCGUAGGAUUGUAUCUAAUGAGCUCGAAUGGAACUUGAUAUCACCACCGAUUGCACAGCCUCGCCGAAGAUUUCUGUGUACCGGUCUGCAUUGC